GUGCACUGAAUCACGUAGUGGGACGAAGCUAUCAUGGUCAUUGGCACUACCCGCUGAUUUGACUCAUACAGUGUAUUUACAUUGAAACGGGUACCGUGUGAUUGGCCAGCCUGUCUGACGUACGUGUGUUGACGUUUCAUCAAAACAAAGCACAGUCUCGCGUCUCUGGCGAGCAUUUUACCACGGCAAUUCGUUGCUGAUGCGUCGUUUCUGGGCUUACGUUUGCAAAAGUGUCAGUUAGCUGUUCUUUACGUGCAUUAUCAGCUUGUAAGUGAAGAAAGUGUUGUGGGCCGUGAUGUCGUCCACUGUAAAAUUCACAUCGGACGAGAUUCUAGGCGAAUCAUGGGUGGAGUUGAAUCCUAUACCGGAUAGGAUAACACCGUUACCAUUCAGUGCUGGUGGAGAGGAGUACCUACGACUUCUUAGGGAAGCGCAAAGGGAUUCCUUGCCUUCGUCUGCAAGGCAUUCUUUGGCAUCUUCUCGUCGAGGCACACCAAGAGAUAGCCCGAAGAGCCCGCCAAAUAGUCCCAACACGGAAUUGUCGACCGAAGAUGAAUUGAAAGGAGUCUAUAUAAAUUACUGUUGCAACAAGGAAAAUGAACUUUUGGAGAAAAAUACCGAUUGGAUUUACGAAUGGAGUUCGCGACCAGAUCAAGCACCGCCAAAAGACUGGAAAUUCAAACAUCCUCAGGGAAUAAAUAAAAAGAAAUCUUAUAGCAUUCGUACCACGAAAGUUGGCAAGAUUGGCUUGUUUUCCAAAGAGGUUCUUUAUACUCUGUUUAUCACGAAUAUUCUGUCCGUGUUGGUUGGAGCUGGCUUAGGGGUCUGGUUGACCAGGCGAGGAUCCGUAACGCCCAGCAUAACCAUUGAGUGAAGAAGAUAACAAAAAAAAUAACCACGUACACGAAAGUCAGGAUUGUCGCGCUAGAUUUUGCAAGAAUACGGAGUAAAACAAGGGUCGGUUUAAUCGAGCUGUAAGAAAGACUGAAGAGAAUCAAGAGGGUCGAUCGAGCCUAACAGACACGCAACAUUAAUAUUUCGAUUACCCCGAUUGAAUUAUUAGCACUUUAUAUCUUAAUCCUCUUCCCUGCCUGGAAAAAACUUAACGGUGUACUUAUUGAACGCCGUACUAAACAUGUAAGUUGUAUUUGCAAUUAUAUGCUUAGGCAAAAGAAAAUACAAAAAAAAAAAGAAAAAAUCAUAUGAUUUAUUAUAUAUAUAGCGUUGUGAGAAAACAAAAAUAUGUCCGUUUUAUACCAUUUUUAAUGCGUUUCUAUCUGCGGUAGUCCGUAGGGUAUAGCUUGGAUAGUAUUUAUCUAUAAUUAUUACUCGUUACUUGAAAAAGAAAAACGAUUUGCUGGAGAAUAAAGAAUGUUUGUUAUAUAAGGGAAAAGGAUUGUUGCAUUUAUGCGAAAGAAAGGAAUGUAAUCUUAUAAUUGAGAGAAUAAUGUACGUAGUUAAAAUAUAUGUAUAAUGCCAUCGUACGAACCGUGAUAAUUCCUAUUGCAUUGAAAUCAAAGAUCAAUGUUGGUACAAGUCUGAAACCAUUUCAAAUUGUAUAAUCGCGCUGGAAAUGAGAAGUUUGUUGUUGUGUAUUUAGUUAAUGCAAUUUAUGGUUUCGCUCUUUAAUAAAAUUGUAACGAAAUGAUCCAAGUAUUUCGAUAACGCAUAGAUAACGAGAGUUAAUAAUUUUUGUUCCGUUCUUAUAUUUAUGGGUUUUUAUUAUUUACGAAAGAAGGUAUAAAAACAUACUUUGGUUUUAAAUUAAAUACAGAAAUGACAAUUUCAAUGCAGUCAGUUAAUUGAUCUAUCUCUAGCUUUAUAUAUUUAUUACGUAAAACAAAAAUUAAUAAUGCUCUUCGACACUUUUAUACGGCAUAAAGAAUUUUAUAUUUUAUAAUUUUCCAUUAAAACAAACAUUAGUAAAUUAAGAAAUAUACAUAUACAUAAUAUUGAAAAAAGAAAUAAGUGAAAUGUUAAAUUGUACAAUCUUGACAGAUUUUAUUUGUAAUCAAAAACAGUUGUCUGUAAAACCCUUGGUAUACUGUGAUUCAAUUUGUUUAUUCUUUCAAAAAUACAUUAUUAAUUUAUGAAUACUUUUACACUAAAGUAAUUACGAUUCUAUAGAAAUAUAAAUCGCUUUUCUCGAUAGCACAACGUGUGAUUUGUAUGAAAUUAUUACAAAAAACAAAAAAAUUUUCUAAAACUUACAGACAUCUUUUUUUAAUAGAAUACGAACACAUAACACACAUAUACUAUGUAGUAAUUGUAAGAUGCUGUAUAUUUCGAACAAGAACGUACUCGAUGUAAGUAGAAAUUAGAGAUGCAAGUUUUUUUGUAUUUUCAAUAUAAUUCUGUAUAUUAUACAUA